GUGGGGAAGAUUUGACAUUUUGUUCUAGGCCACAUAGUUGUUGUACAUAUGCUGUUUAUUUAUGUUUCAGAGAUGAAAGUAUUAGAUGCCAUGCACAGAAGAAGGUAAGAGUAUUUCUUUCCUACACCACUACUCAAAAGAUGCCUAAUAUAGUAAGAGUUGUUGACUAAAGAAGCUUCACUGUUGUGAAGAUCAUCACCUGAUUUAGUAUACACAAAAAGAAAAAAAGAAAAGAAAUAUGCAAAUGGGAAACUCAUGGCCUAUAUACCUCAAAGGCUACAGCUGCUAGGGAUGCAUGAGAUCAUGGAUUGAUGCCUGAUAAACCGUGCAGGCCUAGCAAACGAUUCCCCAAUUAAUCUCCCUAUAUCGGAAAGGAUCAGUCAAAAAAAAGCAAAAAGAAAGGGAAUCAAACAUUAAAUAAUGUCAAAGUUGGUUGCUUAAAGCAGUGAUUUGAUUUGAAGAAUUUUAAUCUUGCUUUGUGCCCACUUAUUCUGGAGCCUGUCUAUUUAGCUCAUCAGUCAGGUGUUUGCCUCAGGUGCUUUAGUAAGCAUAAGAAUUUCAUUGGCAAAAAGGCAGAAUUGAGAGGUCUUGCUCUGCCUCCUCCUAGAGUGCUGUGUGUUGUUUAAGCUGCAGAAUUUUUUUCUUUGCAGGAGAGUGAGAGCUAGCUGAGGUUCUAGUCUCACUGUUGAAGAUUUGUUGGAUAUUAAAUGGCUGUCAUGAAGAGCUGUGAUGAAUGGAAGCCUUUCAUUGCUAUGAUAGCAAUCGAUUUCUGCUUCGCCAUAGUGAAUAUUCUUCUCAAGAAAGUCCUUGAUGAGGGAAUGAACCAUUUGGUUCUGAUUACGUACCGGUUGACAAUUUCUACCAUUUUCUUAGCUCCAAUUAGCUACUUUCGGGAGAGGACUAGUAGACCCAAACUCACACUUCGCAUUCUAUUUUUCCUCUUCUUAAGUGCAAUAGUCGGGACAUCCAUCACACAAUACUUCUUUCUCCUUGGAAUUCAAUACACAUCUGCUACUUUUGCCUGUGCCUUCAUCAACAUGGUGCCUAUGAUCACAUUCAUAAUGGCAUUACCGUUCGGGUUAGAGACAGUGAACUUAAAAUGCAACAGUGGAAGAGCCAAAGUAAUUGGUACCCUGGUGUGCAUUGGUGGUGCUUUUAUACUGACUCUUUACAAAGGAGCUCCUUUAUUUGAUCAUUCAAAAGCCACAACCACUCAAGCCAUGGAUCAUGGGACCAAGCUGAGCCACAUCAGAAACAAAGAGAGAUGGACCAUUGGUUCAAUAGCUUUGGUUGUAGGAACCCUUUUAUGGUCUUCAUGGUUUCUUGUACAAUCAAACAUAAGCAAGAUGUAUCCCUGCCAAUAUUCUAGCACAACCAUAAUGACUUUCUUUGGUGCCAUUCAGUCUGCCAUUUUGGGUUUCUGCACUGGAAGGAACCUUUCCAUGUGGGUUCUGAGGGGAAGGACACAAGUCAUCACUGUCCUGUUUUCUGGAAUGAUAGCAUCUGGCUUAGGCUUUGUGGGGAUGUCAUGGUGUGUCAAGAAAAGGGGUCCUGUGUUUACUGCAGCAUUUAGCCCCCUCGUUCAGAUACUGGCGGCGCUAAUCGGUAUCCCCAUUUUCCAUGAACAACUCCACUUUGGAAGUUUGUUGGGAUCUGUGAUUGUAAUCAUUGGCUUGUACAUUCUUCUUUGGGGUAAGAAAAAAGAGAUGCAGAAGUGUGUGACAAAACUAGUCCAAGAAACUAAUGCCAUCAAGGAGCAGGAGCCACAUUUACCAGCCAUCACGGUCUCCAUUGAUUCGCGGUGUCCUUGAAGCCAAGACGGUCUCCAUUGAUUCGCGGUGUCCUUGAAGCCAAGUUUCAUAUGCUUUCCAAUUCACAGGCAUUCAUUUUUUUUCCCUCCCACUUGAUUGUUAUGAUCUUCUACCUAGGAAGCUAAAGCAAAAUCAGCUGGCAUAACCAGAAUAAAAGAAGAUUAACUUCUCCCCCUCUUUUAUUCUGAUGGUUGCAAAAAUGUCCCCAAGGUUCUUUGUUAAAGCUAUGGUAAUGAAAUCUGUUACACGAAUUUGAAAUACAUACUGGUUUUGUAGUUGAAAUCUUUACCAUUUUCUAGA